GCUUGUAGUCAGUGUGUCCUUGGCUCCAUAGUCAAGCAGCAGGUUAGCUAGAGAGCUACCACUGGAUUUGACAGCUAUAGGAAGGCGAACCGGAGGGCACCAUAAGGGGAGCAGCAUCAUUUUCAUCUACAAAACAAUAUUCUCAUCCUUGCAGAGUAAACAGUCACACAACUCAAGAUGGCUUUCUUGAUCAAGAGCAUGAUUGGGAACCCCCUGUCAGGAAUGGGUCUUGGUGGUGGAGGUGACAAAGAAGAGGAGGCCACCCCCUCAGAUCCAGCAAAGGCAGCAGGGAUGACACGGGAGGAGUAUGAAGAGUACCAAAAACAGGUGGUGGAGGAGAAGAUGGAGAGAGAUGCAGAUUUCUUACACAAGAAGGCAGAGAGGGCGACACUCAGGGUGUGCCUCAGAGAAAAAUACAGGCUGCCAAAGAGCGAGCAGGAUGAGAACAUGAUUGAGAUGGCCGGGGACGACGUGGACGUGCCUGAGGAGCUGCUCAAAAUGGUGGACGAGGACGCCACGGAGGAGGAGGGCAAGGACUCCCUCAUGGGCCAGUUUCAAAACUUGCAGAACAUGGACAUGGACCAGCUGAAGGAGAAGGCCUCGGCCACCGUCACCGAGCUGAAGAGCAAAGCAGAGGAGAAGUGCUCCGUCAUGUGAAUGGUCUGUGUUUUAAUAAUGAAGAGGAAGAGGAAGGGAGGAGAACACAAGAAAAUGAAUUUCAACACUUUCUGGGAAUGUGCAGUCUGGGAUUCAGUUACACUGUAAAUCGCCUACAAAGAACUCAAUUUUAUUAUACGCAGUAAAAAGGCAAAUCAUCUUUCUGUGAUAAAAAAUGAAGCCCAUCAUUACUGCUGCCAGUCUGCAUCUACUGAAGGAUAUACUGUAAAAGUUUCCCUGUUAGUUGUUCUGAAUGUGUAGUAAUUUACAACUUAUCAUGAAAAUACUUUAAAUGACAUCCCGGGUGCCCCAUCUCUCCCCCAUGAUUGUUUUCUUUAGAUAAAUUAUGUAGAAAAGUGAUUUUCCCAGCCAAGUAUUGCUUUUCACAUUUUUUUUCACUUUUCAUGGCCACAAUACAUUUAAAAAAAGAUGAUUAUUUGUGACAUAAUGUUCACUCUUUUCUCUGUUUGUUGUGAAAUGAGACAGUCAAGUCUACAUAUGUGUGAUUUUCAGUCAAACAAAUAACAAUAUACCAAGACUUGCUUAUAAAAAACCUUAUUUAAGUUAAAAAAUGAAAUCCUGUCUGAAUGUUUCAACUUCCCUUUUGGUUUGUUGGUUAUUCUAGAUUUUUUUUUGUAUGUGAUGUUUGAAUUAAUUAUGAUAUUUAGAUUUUUUCUUUCUGUGUAAUUACAAAGCAGACAAUCUUCAGAAGUCUUGACACAUUGAUUUACUUUGAAUUUCUCCACAUUCACAUUUUAACCAUAAUGAGCCUGAAACAUUUUCACAACUCAUGAUUUUAAAACACUGAAUGAUUUAUUCCAUAAAAAUAAAAAUAAUGUACAUAAACACUGAUGAAAUAUAUGGAGGUACUUUGAAAUGAGAAAAUAAAUGUAUUGUUCAAAUAAAGAUGUAUAUUGAAUACA